AUGAAAGCAGAAGAUGAUGAAGAAUUACUACUUCAAUGUAGAUGGCAUAAUUGUUGUCAAUCUUUCCCCAACUAUAUUCGAUUACAUGUACAUUUCCUUGAAUGCCACUUGAAUAAUGUACCUGAGCUUGUCUGUCUAUGGGAUUCUUGCCAGAAAAAGGAUACAUUCCAGGAACAAAAUCAGUUAUUGCGUCAUACACUUCUACAUAUAUUUUUUGAAGAUUGCAUAGUAAAUACUAAUAAGCUUCUUAAAGCCCAUCAUAAGGCUUGGAAUUUUGUAUGUUGUGGAAUAAGUUGUCAGAAACCUGCGUAUCUUCAACGAACAACAGAAACAUUCUUAUGGAAUACCAUAAUUUUGAAUAGAGGUUUCGAAUGUCAAUGGAAAGACUGUGAAUACACUACGAAUUCAGCAUAUCUAUUCAUCGAGCAUGUUAAGGAGCAUGAUUUUCCGUAUGGUAAUGAUAAAAAUAAUGAUGAUUGUGACGAUAAAGAUGAUAAUAGUAAUACUAAACUAACUUGUUUAUGGCAAUCAUUGAGUGUGGAUUCAUUGACCAUCUCAGAUCAGUCAAUAUGUGGUUCUAUAAGCGGAUGUCGUUCACAUUUUCAUCGUCAUGUACGUCGUCAUACUGGAUUACCACGUUACAUCUGUUCUAAAUGUUAUGUGUGUUUUGCAGAAUUUAUCAAUUUUAAGGAGCAUUUUACAUGGAGUUUAGUUAAAGAUUGUCAGAAUGUGGUCAAAUUUAAUGGAACAGAUGAAAAUAGUACCAAUUGCCCAAUAUUAUUGAAGUUAAUGGAUGAAUCUUCGCCUUUUCCAAAACAUCUUGAAGGUACAACUAUAUUUCAAUGCCCAACGUGUAUAAAAGUCUUUAUUACUAAGGAAGGUUGGACUUCUCAUAUACGUGAAUGCUCAAAUUCAUUGAACAAAGAGACUGCUGUUAACACUAAGAAAUUGGAUUGUAUUUCACUUUCUCGUAAACAGGUUUCUAAACCAUAUUUUAAAAUAGCUUCGAUUAAUAAAUCAUCAGAAGAAAACUAUGAAUUUUAUUGUCAAGUUCAAGGUUGUUCUUAUAAAUCUACAAAAUUAUCCGCUUAUCGUGCUCAUUAUAGACGUUAUCAUCUAAGUAGUAACCCUGAUGGUUUAUGGUAUUCUUGUCAUCUUUGUUCAUCUUAUCAAGCGCGUAAACCAUUUACAAUUACACAUCAUUUAAAAUCUGUGCAUUCAUUGAAACCACCUGAUGGACGUUCACGUUUCACAUAUUCUUUUGAUGAGUGUAGUCAAACUUAUCAGUUAGCUGGAAAACCACCAGCUCCAUGUACUGUUCAAGCUCUCUAUAGUAAUAAUAAUAUAGGUACCACUGGUCCUCUAGCACCGGAUAUCGAUGAAAUUAUUGGCGAUUCAGAUGAGGAAAAUCACUCUGAUGAAGAGUUGCUUACAUCCGCUGAAUUACUGAAACGUUUUUAUAAGAUAUGGCAAAAUGAAAAACUUGCUCCUGUACUAUUAACUGCACAUUCUGACCUGUUAGGUCUUAUUCAAGCUGAAGUGAAUCAAUUGGAAGCUGAAGCUAAAGCCUUACCAGCUGGUGAUUUAAAAGCUCAAAUUAAACGAAUUCAAGUUGAAAGAAUCCGAUUUAUCAUGGUUGAUUACAUGCGUAUUCGAAUGAAAAAGAUUGAACGAUUUGCUGAACAUAUUUUAGCUGAAGAACGUUCACGUAAUUCAAAUGAAUCACCACAUUUGACAGUGGAAGAAUAUCUUUUUGCAAAAUCAUAUUCAAAUAGUAUUCGAGAAUAUUUGAAAACUACAAUUAUUAAUCGUUUACCAGCUAAUAUGCAGUCUAUUAAAGACGAAGAAUUAAGUAAGUUUAUAGUACUUUUUACGAAUCACUAUGCCGUUGUAACUUGGUACUACAUUUUACAAUUGAUACCGCAAAAUUUUGUAAAUUAAUAAUCAGAGUUAUUGUCUUAAAUACUGAUAGUAUUUCAAAUAUAUAUAUGGCCUAACCACACCUACUGGGAGAGCUUUCUAAUUCCGUAGGCUCUCUACCUUCAUCUCACUUCAAAGCUAAGUAGUGAGCAUUUUUGCAGGCGAUAUUUGUAGCAUCGCUUUUUCCUCAUACGCUAUAUUUAUUGUUGCUUAUGUGUUGACAAGAUAUCGGCUCUAAUAAAUAAAGCUUGUAUUUUACUGGUUCCAGAACUCUGAACUUGAAACUAUCGCCUUUUUGCACUAAAUUUCUCCAACCUUUAUCGUAGUUAUGUUAGCUACAUAGUAUUCCUAACCAUUAUAUUCCGUGGUUGGUAUAAACACUCUUUUUGACAAUCAUAACCAGUUACCUAAAUGAAAAAAAAAAAAAUCAAAAGCUUCGAUCGAAAAUAUGUAUUUCCUUCAGAAAAUUAAACUGCAUUUUCAAACAAUCUCCCAUGACUCUUUCCUCAGAACGUCAAUCCAGAUCUUGGACAAAAGUGUACACACGUCAGCAUCUUUCACUUAUCUUCUGGUUAAUAUCUGAUUGGCCUAGUGUUCUACUUACCGCUUCAUAUCUUGUGCAAAUCAGUGCCCCUAGUAUUUCACAGUAAGCUUAUCACUAGUAACAUUUAACAACGGUACUUGAAUGUGUUUAUUUGUCAAUGUACAGCAGUUGUAUAACUCUUCUGUUUAGCUUUAUUUAAAUUCCUUAAUGUGUCAUUGUUUGAGAUAUAUGUUUGUUGUUGUAAUUUAAUUGUCAACUAAAAUGCAUUCACUCUAUUAUUUUUUUAAGCUUUUCAUCCAAACCCAAACAGUUAUGUAUUUUGUCAGUCACUGAAGAAAAUUGAUUUUAUAGAAGUAUUCGAUCAUAGUUCAGAUGGAACUCAAACUGCGGUAUCACUUACCUUGGAACCUGGCGCUCAACAUCUCCUACCAUACAGUUGCAUUCGGCCAUAUGUAGAAGGUGGCGAUGUUAUUUUAAUCUAAUAUUAAACUGGAUCGAGUUCUCACGAUUAGAUUCUAUUUUUCUAGCAACUGUUUUUGUUUGAUAUGUUUGUGUUUAAAUUGUUUUUUGUACCAAAAUAUACUAUAAUUUAUGCA